UGAUGCGAUGGCAGCGCUCCUAGUAAUUCAGUAGAGAAGUGAGAGCGCACAUGGUUUUGUUGUGGUUUUCUUACAAUCAUGGAAAAUGAGGCGAAAAAGUGGUUUCAAGAGGUGCAAAAGUACAAUUCUGGUGAAAUUGUGGAGUUGAGCGAGGAUGAGCUCAAAGUGCUAACGUCAACAUGCCAAUCAACAUUUGAGAAGAACUUCGACAGCAUUCUUAAAAGGAAUCCGUCUGACUCCAAGUGGCUGCAGACGGCGCUUCAUCGCGGAACGCUGAGAGAUAGAGCGAAUGCCGGAACGUUGUUGUUUCAGAGCAAUCCACUGGCGAAUCUGUCUGCCCUAGAUGUCCUCAUUGGACUGACCAAGGCGGCAAAUAAGGCUAGCGUGGAUGUUAUAGAUGUCAUCACUGAUCUCUUUAUAACGUCCAUUCUGCCGGACAACAGAAAAUUGGUGGCGAUUGAUCAGCGCGGAAGCGACUGGAACAAACUGAAGAGUGAGAAGCAGCUGGAGAAGAGCUUCCUGGACAAGGUGUACAUGUACUGGCACUUUGAGUCUGAGCUGAAGCAGCGAUAUUUCACUUUCCUGCAGAAUCUUGACGGGGUUCUGAAGAGUGGUCAGGAUGUGCACAAAUGCCUGGCGAUUGUCUGUGCGGCGAAGCUGCUGAUCAACAGUCCGGAGAAGGAAUCGAUGCUGCUGUCCAUGCUGGUGAACAAAAUGGGUGAUCCCACGGUGAAAGUAGCAGCCAAGGCGCAGUAUCACCUCUCCGAGGUGGCACACCAGCAUCCCAACAUGUGCGGAGUAAUUGUCCGGGAAGCGGAGAGGCUCAUCUUCAGGCCAAACAUAUCGGAACGCGCUCAACACGUCACGCUCACCUUUCUGGCCGAGACGGCUGGCCUGUGUUCGGCGGAAGUGUGCAGAAAGCUGACCAACAUCUGCUUCUCCUACUUCAAAAUCCUCGUGGACAAAGGCAUGGUGAACAACAGGACGAUGCAGGCCAUACUGCGGUGCCUGCGAAGAUCGGUGGCCAAUGCCGUGGAUGAGGAGUCAAGCACCGCUGCAAAUCCCCUCAAUGAGGAGCUGCAGGAUGUAAUUUACAGAUUGAUUCACUUCGCUGAAAUCCGCAUCGCCAUCCAGGCUUUGGGUCUCUUGCUACAGAUCAUCGUGACGUGUUCCGGCCUCAACAGCGAUCGCUUCUACUCCGCCUUGUACCGCAAGAUGGUGUCAAUUGAACUCACGUCGAUGACACACAAGUGGUCAGCUCAGUUUCUCUACAUCAUCCAUCGCGCUGUGGCCAUCGACAAAGAUAUCCCGCGCGCGCAGGCCUUCCUGAAGCGUCUUCUGCAGAUCACAUUCUAUCUGCCAUCGCAAAUGGCUUGCGGAGUGUUUGUCAUUAUGCAGAAGAUCCUGCAAGAUCGCCCUGAAUUCAAUCAGAUGCAAGAGAAGCCAACGGCUGAGGAUAUUGUGAAGAACGAAGUAAAGUCUCAGCUUUUCGACAGUGAUUCUGAGCACUAUUCGGAUGCAGAUGAGGAUUCGCCGAAGAAGGCUAAGAAGCGCGUCAAGACGAAGUCAAAGAGCAGCGAAUCCUGGUGUCAUGUGGAUCUCAAUGGUGCGAAAGUUGAGGAACAGGAGGAGAAGAAGCCCAAAGUGAGUCGUCUGCCGCUCAAGUACGAUCCAUUCUACAGGAAUCCAGCUGGAGCUGGAGCGCAAUAUGAGCCGUUUGUGGAAAUGCUGAGAUUCUCAACGCAUUUUCAUCCCACUGUGCAGAAAUUCGUGGAAUGCGUGCUGGAGAAGCAAAAGAACACUUAUUACGGAGAUCCUCUGGUGGAUUUCUCCUUGGCGCAAUUUCUGGAUCGCUUCUCGUUCAAGAAUCCCAAGAAGAAGAGCGAGAAGGAGGUGAAAUCCGUGGUGCAGAAGGCGCACAAGAAGUCGAGGGAAUACAAACCAAUGGGGAGUCGAGGACAGCCAGUCAGGUCGAUUUCGGAGGAGAAUUGCACUGAGAAUGAGAGAUUCAUCUUUGAGUUCUUGAAGAAGCGACGGGAAUUGCGCGGCGCCGACGAUGAAGAUAAUUCAGACUCUGAUAACUCUGUUGAUGAUGAGGAGUUCGAUGCGUAUCUGGACAGUUUGGGACCCAAGACGAAGGACAGCAGCGAGGUGGAUGUUGAUUACAUGAAGGAGUUGAAUGACGUCGAAGGUAAGAAAAUCAAAGGCAAGAAGCGGAAAUCGGAGGAAAACGGCGAUGAAGAGGACGCUGAGAAGGAGGAGAACGACUGGGAAGAUGGCGAUUCGUCUGACAAUGACGAUCUUUCGCUGGACGAUGAGAGUGACGAUAUGGAAGCGAUGUCCUUCUCCUCGAGCGACGAAGAGCUGGACUCUGAUGAUGGCGACAAGCGCAAAGGCGUAAAGGUGAUGAAUGACAAGGACUUCAGGAGGAAGUUGAAGGAGAAGGCAGACAUGUCGUCUCUCUUUGCCGCCGCUGAUGACUUCUCUGAGAUUCUAGAGGAGAGCGGCAAGCUGAAGAACCACGGAACUCUUGAAGAAGUGGCCAACAAGGACAAGUCGUCGGAGAAGCAAAUGCAGUGGGAGGGAAGUCGCAUGCGGAAUUCCAAGAAAAGGGGCUUCAAAUCGCAUAAGAAGUUUCGGCCCAGCGGAGGAAAAGCGGUCAAGAAGCGGAAAUAAGCACUUAUCUCUCGUUUGAUCCUUGAAUAAAAUCACUCUC